AUGUAUUAUCCAAAACCAGAAAACAUUCUCAAGCAAUCAAUGACCCUAAGCAAAUCCAGCUUUUGUAGUAGAAAGCAACAUGCUGGAUCUUUGUCAUUGAAGUCCAGGGAUACCACAAACACAAGAAGUUCCACACUGUACAGUCAAAACUUUCAACAGAACCUAACCAACCAUGGUAUCUAUCCCCCAGAAUACAGGUUCCCAAAUGGGGAGAAGACACAGUGGCCAAAUAACUGGAAUGAGAUUAAAAGAAGAUUGGGGAAUCUGCAGCCCUCUUUAUCACCAUCAAGAUUCUCUGAGAAGGAACUGGAGGAAUUCAAAGAAGCAGAUGCAUACACAUCAAAAGAGAAGCCAGUGACAACCACAGUGAUUCCAAUUAUUGAAGGUGAUAUCAGCAAUCUCAAAUGUUCUGGAGGAGAAUAUCUGUUUGGAAAUCUUGCCCCCUUAACUGAUGGCAUGCUAGCUCAAGCCAAACCAGAUCACUUCUAUGGUGCACAUCCUGAACAGCUCAAUCAUCAAAUCUACAAUGACCUUAGCAACCAGAUUAUUCUAUUGACUCAGGAUGACCUUCCAAUAGUAUCAAACUUUUUUUUAGAAGCAAAAGGUCCUGACAGAUCCCUUGCUGUGGCUACACAGCAAGCUUGCUAUAAUGGCACACUAGAAGCUCAAGGCAUGCAUUCACUUCAGUCAUACUGA